AUGCGAAACGCAAGUAGAGUUGAGGAUCCCCGAGUAAACAAGAUAGACUUUGAAGAGGUUGGAGUUGAGUUAGUGAAGGGUCAACAUUUAACUCCUCAAUUCAAAGAAAUAAAUCCUAUGGGAAAAGUGCCAGCGAUUGUAGUUGAUGGAAAAUUCAAGCUUUUUGAGAGUCAUGCAAUCCUAAUUUUCCUUGCUUCUGCAUUUCCUGGAGUUGCUGAUCACUGUGUUUUUCAAUUUGAUGCUUCUUCAGCUGGGUUUGUUCAGAAUACUGUGCUAGCACCUGUAUUUGGGCGACCUCUGAAUCCACAAGCAGCUGCUGAGGCCGAGAAAGUUCUAUCCUCAUCCCUCUCAAAGAUAGAGGCUAUGUGGCUUAAAGAGAGUGGCCGGUUCUUGCUAGGCAGCAGUCAACCGUCUAUAGCCGACCUAAGCCUUGUCUGUGAGAUAAUGCAACUAGAGUUUGUGGAUGAAACGGAUCGCACUCGCAUACUUGGUCCAUACAAGAAGGUUCAGCAGUGGGUUGAGGAUACCAAAAAUGCAACAAAGCCCCACUUUGAUGAAGUGCAUCAAACCCUCUUUGGAGCCGUAGCUAAACUACAGAAGCAACCAGUAGUCGAGUAA